AGAGAGAGAGAGAGAGAGAGAGAGAGAGAGAACCACAAGCCUUCUGGCCCCCAAGACGCAGGGCAGCCCACAGAAGGCUCCGCAGCAUGUGGGAGCUCCGAUCUGUAGCCUUCUCCAGGGCCGUGUUGGCAGAGUUCCUGGCCACACUCCUCUUUGUCUUCUUUGGCCUGGGCUCAGCCCUCAACUGGCCACAGGCCCCGCCCUCUGUGCUGCAGAUCGCCAUGGCCUUUGGCCUAGGCAUUGGUACCCUGGUACAGGCUCUGGGCCAUGUCAGUGGAGCCCACAUCAACCCUGCUGUGACUAUAGCCUUCCUGGUGGGCUGCCACGUCUCCUUCCUCCGAGCUGCCUUCUACAUGGCUGCCCAGCUGCUGGGUGCUGUGGCUGGGGCUGCUCUGCUCCAUGAGAUCACACCAGUGGAAAUCCGCGGGGACCUAGCUGUCAAUGCUCUCAACCACAACACAACAACUGGCCAGGCGGUGACCGUAGAGCUCUUCUUGACCCUGCAGCUGGUGCUCUGCAUCUUUGCCUCCACUGAUGAGCGCCAUGGAGACAAUCCAGGCAGUCCUGCUCUCUCCAUCGGUUUCUCUGUGGCACUGGGCCACCUCCUUGGGAUCUACUACACUGGCUGCUCCAUGAAUCCUGCACGUUCCCUGGCUCCAGCCAUCGUCACCGGCAAGUUUGAUGACCACUGGGUCUUCUGGAUCGGACCCCUGGUCGGUGCCAUCGUGGGCUCCCUUCUCUACAACUACUUACUCUUCCCCUCAGCCAAGAGCCUGUCGGAGCGGCUGGCGGUGCUGAAGGGCCUGGAGCCGGACACCGACUGGGAGGAGCGCGAGGUGCGGAGGCGGCAGUCCGUGGAGCUGCACUCUCCGCAGAGCUUGCCACGUGGUAGCAAGGCCUGAGCAAGGGACCUCUACAGCACCGUCUCCCCAACGGGGCCCCCAGCCCAUCUUGGAAGGCCCACCCUGUCCCUCUUACCAUAGCCCAUUGCAGAGUAGCUGCUUCCAGGCCAAGGGUACUUCCAGCACCAGUGAGCCCGCAGGAAGGAGCAGCAGUGGGUCAGGGAGUCAGGAGCCUGGUAGAUCCCCUCCCCUGAGGCUUCGAGCCACAGCUUCAACAGACCGGCAACUGGAGACUUGGGGACCUAGUGCUGGAGGAAGGAGGGGCAGGCGGGCCAGGGUGGAAAGCUCUGGAGAGCCUGUACCCAGGUCCUGGGUGAGGAGUGCACAAACCCAACCUUGGGGUUCUGGGAAUGGUACAUUCAGUUUUGCUAGUAUGCAAGUGUGUGUUCAUCCCGGAGUUUCUUGUCCUCAAGUGCAGAGUUUGCACGCUCCUGAGUGUGAACAGUAUGACUACAGUAGUACAAGUCUAUGCAGGACCAGGGACAUCUUGCUUUUCCUUGACCCUCUCCUCCCACACCUGCAAUAAAUCCACUUCCUCUGCAGCGGAUGAGUCCUCCCUACCAGUCAUCCCAGAAGAAGGGGAAAGGUGGGCCCUGAUUUCCAUGCCUUCCCUUUCCCCUUCAAGAAAAUUCCCCCAAGUUGCUGGGCUGGGCCUCAAGAUUUGGCAUGACUUGUUGCUGGAGGGCAGAGAAGUGUCAACGAGAGAACAGCUCCUUUAGAAAUGGCCUCUGGAAAAAGAAGGAUUGAGUGGUCAAAGAUUUCCUUCUGUCCUGAGGGAGGAAUCUUCAAAGAGGGAAGCAGUUAUGUGUGUGCACACCUGUGCGUGUGUCUGUACACAACCCUCAUCCCCAUGGGGGCCCCAGACUCAGAGAUUAGCCUUGCACUUGGUUAGAGGAAACAAAAGUCCUUUGUGGGCCCCCGGCCUUUGUCGUGGAGAGGGGAGAUUUGCAACUAGACACUUCUUGAAAGGAGACACUCAGUUUCGCAAGUAAGCCCUCUCGCCCAGCACACACCUAUAGCUGGCUGGGCAAGGCACUCAGGCAUACAACCACUGGCACCAGGCAGCACCCCCCUGUCACCUGCCGUCCUCACCAGGCAGCACUCCUCCCCCCAGGACUCUCUGUUCCCUCUCCUCUGUUUCCUCUGCUGGCUGUGCUCCACCCACUUCUGGCACCCACCACAGGACGGUUAUCAUUGUGGACAGGGCUACUCUCAGGACCAGAAAAGGGAAAUGAUUUGCCCAGGCAGAGGCAGGUCUGAGUCUAGAAUUCAGGCUUCUAAAUUUCCAAACCAGAGCAAUGUUUCUCAAAUGUGAUUAACUGGGAUUAAGUGAGAUGAUGCAUGUAAAGAUGCUGUGUGAACUGUAAUUCUUAAUACCAUUAUCACGCGUUAUUAGGUUCAUUUUCAUUAUUUCUGCUUCCUAGGGUGAGAGGAGUAUGCAGAGGGACCUGACCCUCAGCCUCCUUUAUUUCCUUCAUUUGGUGGUCAAAGCAAAAGAGAAGAGAGGUGUAGGAGCCCCAAGGUCCAGGCAGAAGAAGAUGGGGCUGGCUCCAUCCUGGUCUAGCCUCUGAACUUCUCCUUACCCUGAGCACAGACUGGCAGCUGUCCCACUUCCUUCCUGCCACUGUCCAGCCCAUCCGUCCCCUCCCUCCCGCCUCCCUCUCCAGUCUGCUGCAUAACUAACCCAGGGAAUCACACAUACAGCCCCCUUUCCAUGUUCUCUGUCGCCCCCAAGCUUUCAAGGCUUUUGUCUGUGUCUGUCCCACACUGUACCAAGCUCCCUCUGGGCACCAGGCAGGGAGUCUAUCACGCCCCCUCCAGUCCCUUCACAGAUGCGCCCCUUCUCUUCUAGGCUCUUUCUUGUCUUCCUUGACCAGAGCUCUCAUUGCAGUCAGAAAAAGACUGCCCUGUGUCAUAGAUGCUGUGGAAAGGACCCUCCCAAACCCCCACAGCUGGUGACAGCAACUUGCCCUCACUGCUGGGGGAGGGGUAGAGUCAGAGACCACACUGACCUCUGGAACUGUCCUCCUGGCAGCUUGUGUCCUUACUCUGGAAGUUCAAAGGCAGUGAGGUACCUUAUCCCCACCCUGCUUCACCCCACCAAAACCCUCUAGAAGGUGCCAAGAAUUUCUCUGUGCCACUUCCCGCAUUUCAUCUCCCCAAAAACUAAAUGUGAGGUCCCCACCACUUGUAGCCCCAUAAUAUUAAGGUCAAAGGUCAAAGCAGGAUUCUAUGUGAUAAGAGUGGAAGGGACAUUGACAGUUACUAAGCAUCUCUGUUCAGCAAACACUAUGCUGGCCGACUCACAUGCAUUAGUUCAUCUAAUCCCAAAACUUCAGACAGGUUCUGGAAGGACAAGGUCCCCAGCCCCAUGCAAUCUUUAACUAUUUUCAAAGCACUCCCCUUAGAAUCUCUGUAAUUACCUCCCAAUCCUGUGACAUAAGCAGAGUAAAUACUGUUCCCCCCAUCUUAUAGAUUCAGAAUCUGAGGUUGAGACCUGCCUAAAGUCACAUAGUUAGAAUACAGUGGAGUCAAGGCUUGAACUCUGGUAUUAUUAUACAAAGUCCCAUGAUCUUUUCACUUUGGCUAGUCCUAGGGUCCUCCUGGGAGCCCUGGCAGAAACUAGAACAUUCAGCUAGGCCUGUCCAGUCCACAGUCUUGUGGUAGACACAGACCCUUGGAGAGAGUGGUAGCAGGGUAGGGAGGAAAUGACAAAGAACAUGAAGCUAGUUUCUGCCCUUGAAGAGUACCCAGUCAGGAAGGUGGAGAUCAGCUACACCCAAAGUAAACAGAGGCCAGGCAGUAGAUGGACAGACUUCCAGUUAGGGACAGAGAAAGCUCUAAGUUGAGAGGAGGAGGCGGCUGACCACUGGGUCCCAGCAGCAUCCAUUCCCACAUUUCCAUUUUGUGUCAAAUGAUUUUGUGCCAGCAAAAGUUGCUUGGAUUUUUUUUUUUUUAAUCUUUAAGCUGUGAUUCUGUGUGUGUGUGUGUGUGUGUGUGUGUGUGUAUAUAUAUAUAUAUAUAUAUAUAUGUAAUGCCUCCCCUCUAGAUUGUAAACCCUUUGUGGAUAGGCCUCCUUCCAGUUCUUAGUUGGUACUCUCCUAUCUUGCCUAUGGGUCUUAUCUAACACAGUGCUCUCUGCUUACAGGAAGCACUCAAUAAAUGCUCACUUGUCAAUAAGUGCUGUUUCUUCCACAACUUGGACAUGGUCAAUACAGUCCAGGUGCCAGACGACAGGUUAGGUUCCCUACCAUUUCCACCCAGCUUUUAGUUUCUCCCAAGGAAUCCAAAGGACAGGAGGGAAAGGGGCUUUCCCUGAGAGAUUCCAGUCAGUGCCCCCUGCCACAGUAAUGAGACCUGCCACAGGGGGGGGACACAUUCCUCUGGGGCUGGCAGGACAGGACCUAAAGUACUCAGCACAAACUCAAUUUCAGGACAUAAGAGCUCCAGUAGUUUCUUGUAACAACUUGGGGAUAGAGUGACCCUGAUGUUAGAGAGAUGGAAGGACCUCAGGUACAGGUCUAAGAAACAGAAUCAGCUGCCUCUCGUGAGUAAACUUGACCUCCCUUAGACUCACCAGGUCCACUCCUGGUGACAAAGUCUGUGUGGCAACCUGUGGUUCCCAUCUCAGGUCACUGCGUGAUCCUGGGUAAGUAACCUCUGAGUCUAGGUUUCUUCACAAAGUAGCUUGGAAUUAAAUCACACAGUAGAGGUCAAUGAUAAUGUAUAAUUUUAUAGACUAUAUUC